UCGGCGCAAUUGGCGUGUUUAGUUAUUAAUCCAAAAUGUAAAUAUUUAUUGCUCAAUAUUGACAUUUUGGUUGAAAGAAAUUGACAAAUUUAAGGAGGACUUUAUGUCCUGAGUGGGAUAAAGUCAUUUCAGAUCAUGCACAAUAUUCUCAAUUUACUUAAAUUUCAUGUUCAUGUGGCCUUACAGUUUUCGCUGCAUCAUCCUGAUGAAGACUAUUGUAUGUCAGAUGUGUAUCGGUUUCCUGCAGAGUUAUUCGACACCUUUUCAAAGGAAGCGUUCUGCCCUGAAGCUAGUCAGCUGACCAGAGGUGGGUUCAGUCGCACGUUCAGAUCUUCCUCCAGUGUGGAAGCACAGCAGACAAGUGACUUUUCCAUCGCCAAGACCUUCUAUGACCUGAAGGCCACCACGCUGGAGGGCGACUCGGUGGACUUCAACGUGUUCAGGGGCAGGGUGGUCCUGAUUGAAAAUGUGGCCUCGCUUUGAGGCACCACCACCCGGGACUUCAGCGAGCUCAACCAGCUCCAGAGCAAGUACCCCCAUCGGCUGGUGGUCCUGGGUUUUCCCUGCAACCAGUUUGGAUAUCAGGAGAACUGCGCGAAUGGUGAGAUCCUGAAUGCCCUGAAGUCUGUGGCGUCAGGAGGUGGCUUCCAGCCAAACUUCACCCUCUUUGAGAAAUGUGAGGUCAACGGAAACAACACGCAUCCCGUCUUUGCCUACCUGAAAGACAAACUCCCCUACCUGAUGACGACCCCAGCUCUCUAUGCAAGACCCGAAGUUUCUGGGUUGGAGUCCGUCAGCCGGACGGACGUCUCUUGGAACUUCGAGAAAUUCCUCAUCGGGCCAGAGGGAGAACCGUUUAAACGAUACAGCAAAAAGUUCCCUACUAUUGGCAUAGAACCUGAUAUUCAAAGACUUCUGAAACUAACUAAGACCUGAAAUGAAGAUGGUCCUCCACACUUUUAAGCCUUAUUAAAUGAUGGUGAUAUUUAAAAGAUGUAGGAAUGUCACUAGGUUCUGUAAGUGCUUAGGAGUCGUAGAUGAAAUAAAUUUGCAGACUU